CUGACAAGAGAAAAUUUCAAGAUGUCUCGUGGAACCAGUGCUGGAUUUGACCGACAUAUAACAAUCUUUUCUCCUGAAGGACGGCUCUACCAAGUUGAAUAUGCAUUCAAAGCCAUCAAUCAAGGUGGUCUCACAUCUGUAGGAGUUCGUGGUGCAGACUCUGCCGUCGUUGUUACCCAAAAGAAAGUCCCGGACAAACUACUUGAUGCUAGCACUGUGACACAGUUGUUUGAACUAUCAGAAAGGAUUGGAUGUAUAAUGACCGGAAUGACAGCUGACUCAAGGUCUCAGGUUCAAAGAGCUCGUUAUGAGGCAGCUAACUGGAAAUACAAGUAUGGCUAUGAAAUUCCUGUAGACAUGCUGUGUAGGAGGAUAGCAGACAUCAACCAGGUUUACACACAGAAUGCUGAAAUGCGUCCUCUUGGAUGUGGAAUGAUUUUGAUUGGUAUAGAUGAAGAAACUGGACCACAGUUGUUCAAAACAGACCCUGCUGGAUAUUACUGUGGUUUUAAAGCCUGUAGCAUUGGUGCCAAACAGACUGAAGCAAACAGCUUUUUGGAGAAGAAAAUAAAAAAGAAGCAUGCCAGAACUUUUAAUGAAACAGUUGAGACUGCUAUAACAUGCCUAUCAUCAGUUCUCUCUGCUGACUUCAAGCCAUCAGAAAUUGAAGUUGGAGUAGUGACCACUGACAAUCCUAGAUUCAGAAAAUUGACAGAAGCAGAAAUAGAUACCCAUCUUGUUGCCAUAGCAGAAAGAGAUUGACCAGAAUGUUCCUAGUUGAUGAUUAUCAUACUGAUGUAAUUGUAAAAUACAAAGCUGGAACUUUAAUCUUGUUACGUUAAAAUAAAACUCUACAAAACUUA